AAAGCAGUAUGUGACAUGUAUGAAUCGAAAGAUUUUGUUUACAAUAGGUACUACAACCACAGUUAGGCCUAAAUACAACAUUAUCAGUUAUAUUUGUGCAUUGUAUUUCACAAUUUAGAAUGUAACGAGUGAUAUUGGUUCAUAUUUGCUUUAUGAUUAUUGGAUUAAAACGCAGUACUGUGAAUAAAACAUCAUAGGAAAACUUAUGUUAUAAUUCAUAACAUGUUUAUUCCUUGCCUAAAGAUAAUCAAAGGCUGAUCAACCGUUUUUAAGUGCACGAAUAUUGAGGUCAUUAAUGUAUUUCGAAAAUAUUUUGAAACAAAGCUCGUUUGAUAAUUAACUUGAAGAAGCAAACUGCCCUUGUAAUCUGAUUCUUUCAAGGUCCAAUGAGGGCGUUUGCUUUAGAACUGGAAAGAGGUUCAUCCCGCAGUACUUAUCCCGAUCAACAUUAUGGCGAUCUUCUCCACGCUUACGCCUGUGUUUCUGGCUGUUUUAUGUAUUCUGAUAGCGAUUAUUUUUAAAAACUUUAAGAAGAGCGAAAAGAAACCAAAGACAGAUUCUAAGCCUCCAGUACCUUCUAGACCGUGGGUGGAUGAAGACCUUGAAGACGACACUGAAAUCAACCCAGGUGAAGAUGAUGAGGAGCUGGCGGAAAGCGAGGGGGAUGUCUCCCAUGUGCCUUUCUCGCUGCCACGGUACAGCGAGGCCGAGAUGCUCCAUCGCUCUCAGGAGUUCUAUGCGCUGAUGAACGGCAGGAGGUCGGUGCGCUUCAUCAGCCCCGAGCCCGUGCCCAGGGAUAUCAUCGAAAAUGUUAUCCGUGCUGCAGGUACUGCCCCCAGUGGAGCCCACACAGAACCCUGGACUUUUGUGGUGGUGGCAGAUGCUCAGACAAAGAGUGAAAUCCGGCGGAUUGUGGAGGAAGAGGAGGAGAUCAACUACAAACUGAGGAUGGGGGAAAAGUGGGUCACUGACCUGAAGAGGCUAAGGACCAACUGGGUGAAGGAGUACCUGGAUACCGCCCCCUACCUCAUCCUGAUCUUCAAGCAGACGUAUGGGAUGCACCCUAGCGGGAAGAAGAGGACUCACUACUACAACGAGAUCAGCGUCUCCAUCUCAUGUGGUAUCCUUCUGGCUGCACUGCAGAACGCAGGCCUGGUGACAGUGACCACCACCCCGCUGAACUGUGGCCCCCAGCUGCGCCAGCUGCUCCAGAGGCCCCUGAACGAGAAGCUCCUGAUGCUGCUUCCCGUGGGCUUCCCCUCCGAGGACGCCACCGUGCCCCAGCUGAGCCGCAAGCCCCUGGAUGACAUCAUGGUGUUCGUGUGACCCGGGCCCAGCGGAUGUGACGGCAUAACAUUCUCUAAGAAAAAUCGCAGUCAGUUCAGGGAGCACAGUGGUGACCCUGUGAACUGGCAGCACUCUGCUUUGUGACUCAUCACAGACAGUAGCUGUGACAGACAUGACCCGUGACAGCAGGGAGGGGGCACCAUUAACAGCCUGGCCCAGGAAUGGCUAAAAGUACCUCCUGCAUUACAAUAGGAAGAUGAUGAAAUUCUGCUCUUAAAUCCUAGUUUUAGCCCAGUGUGUAAAUUGCUUUUUGUGCCUUUGGAUAUGUGCAUCAAAACUUUUUAGGUACCUGUAACUACGGGAUAGGCUCCAGAACGCUGCACAUGUAUGUAUGUGUGUAUGUAUGCUGCCUAGUAUAACUUAGAAAAAUAUAAUUUUUUAUGCAAUGCAA